CGCGCAACCACCAAAUAGCCAAACCUCCAACAAAGCAUCUACGCGAUACCACAGUUUCAACUACAUUUCUUUUCGCGUCUGAGAAUAUCUCGGCAUUCUCGUUACACUUUUCUAGAUAGGACAUGGCGUAGUCCAGCAGCCCAGUACCAUCAGUCCACCUACGCUUUCGAGGGGUCGAAGGUCUUCUCUUUCCUCAUAUCAUAGUCUCUUUCACGAUGCAGUCCUUUGAGGCUAGCAACACGGCCGAGGGCGGAACCGGCAGCAAGUUCACGUAUGCUACCACAAUAGUUGCCGGUUUUGCAUCCGUCAUCGCCACACUUCUCUCCAUAGUCUCGAUAUGGCUGCAGGCCAAGAACUACCGCAAGCCACUACUCCAACGAUAUGUCGUGCGAAUCCUUCUCAUGGUACCGAUAUAUUCCAUUUCCUCUUUUACCAGCAUGGUCUCUUCGACGGCCGCCCAGUUUGUUGAUCCCAUCCGAGACGUCUACGAAGCCUUUACUAUAUAUACCUUUUUUCAACUCCUCAUCAACUAUUUAGAUGGCGAGCGUGCUCUCAUCAUCAUGACCCAUGGUCGAGCUCCUAUCCCCCACCUCUGGCCGAUGGACCGUUUCCUGCGCAAAGUCGACAUUUCAGAUCCUCAUACUUUCCUGGGUAUUAAGCGUGGUAUCCUACAAUAUGCCUGGCUGAAGCCGUUGCUGGGUAUAGCUGCUAUUGUCAUGAAAGCCACCGGUACGUACCAGGAAGGCUACAUCGGCAUUCGCUCUGGCUACUUUUGGAGUGGUAUAAUCUACAACAUCAGCGUCACCGUCAGUCUGUACUCUCUAGGCUUGUUUUGGGUCUGCAUGCAUGGCGACCUUGUCCCGUUCCGCCCUGUCCCUAAAUUCCUUUGUGUCAAACUGAUUAUUUUUGCAUCCUACUGGCAAGGCUUCUUGCUCUCGUUGCUAGUCUGGGUUGGCGCUAUUCCGGACGAUGUUCAGGGAUACACCAGAAAUAACUUGGCUGCUGCAAUCCAAGACGCCUUGAUUUGUGUAGAGAUGCCCAUCUUUGCAGUAGCGCAUUGGUAUGCGUUUUCAUGGCACGACUUUGCCGACAAUAACAUCUUGUCGGCCCGUUUGCCUCUAGGCUUCGCAUUGCGCGACGCCUUUGGCAUCCGGGACUUGAUCGAGGAUUCAAAGCUCACUUUCAAAGGCGAUACAUAUGGAUACAGAGCGUUUGAUUCAGGCGACAAGGUCAUGGCACAUGAAGAUUCCAAAUCCAGGGUCAAACGUCUGAAGGAAGGUAUGCGAUAUGAGCGUGGUGGUAAAGGCAAAUAUUGGCUCCCACGACCCGGGGAGGCCAGCGCAACGUCGCCAUUGCUAGGAGAGAGAUCUAGCGGGCCAGACGCCUUGGGUACCUUUGAAGAUUGGACUAUUGAUGCCGACGAGGAUCGCCUUUAUGAUAAGGCACGUCAACUCGAAUAUGGCGAUUGGAAUUACCCAGUCAUCACUACAAGUGAGCCGUUCAGGGAGCGUUUCCACUCAACCCGGCAUCUAUACCGUAAUGACUCGCCUACAGAGACUGGUUGGCCCGAUUCGACACGCGCUGGUGCCGCAGUCACCCCCCGUAACAAAGGCAAGGGUGUUCAAGAGCCACCAGUAAUUGCAAUCAAGACCAAGAAGAAGGCCAAUAAGGGUACGAAACGUCAGGGUUCCGAGUCCAAGCUGAGUACAGGCAGCUCGGACGCCAACGCUUCAGCAUCCAACCCUACUCCAGCUGCCGAAACGCAGCCAACACCACCACUCCUUUCUGUAGCCCAUCCUGAGCAGUCCCCAGAUGUUGAUGUCGAACAGGAGGACGAGCCUGCUUCUAGUCCCAAAUUCCCGGAUAAUAACGACGAAGAAUUCCGCAACGUCUGGAGCUAGUAGCGACGUGGGCAGGAGGGGUACCCAUAACAUAAAAACAAUUUGAAUUUUGCGAUAUAAAGGGAGUUUAUUUUAUGAAAUUUGUACAUUUAACUUUGUCCUCUACCGUCUCUACAAUUACCCCAACCUUCGAUGUUAAUGGCUCUGUGAUUAAUGAGGUGUAGCCAGAAACUUUUCACCAUCAGCAGCGCUCAUACUUCCAGGACUUGGUGGACGUUCUCCAACGGUCCAGUUGGCGGGCUUGGGGCCAAGCUCAAAGUCAAGAGUGCCGCCGUGGGCAAAGAUGUCAUUCCAGCUGAGCCAGCUCUUGUUCCAAGCCUUUCCAUUCACUUUAAGCGACUGGACGUAGAACGCAUCAUCACUACCUCCAGUCGAAGUGAUUGUCAGAUAUUUGCCCUUGCCAAGGCUAAUCUUGAGGUUGUUAAACCAUGGGGAUCCAAUCAGGAACGUCGUUUGACCAGUCAUAGGAUACAAUCCAAUCAUGUUCCAUAGAAGCCAUGACUCCAUGGCGCCGGCGUCGCUGUUACCAGGCAAUCCGUUGGGGGCUACAUGAUAGUACGGUGUGGUAAAGCUUGGCUCGUUGCCGGGGUUGAAAAGUGUGUUGCCAAAUGCACCGUUUCCAGAGAAGACGCCAGGCUUAAAGGUCAUCUCGAGACGAUCGACAAAUUUUUGGUCGCCACCCAUAAGGCCAAUGAGCUUCUCGAUUUCGUGGUGGGCAUUGAAAGAGUACUCCCAUGGGAGGGCCUGGUAGUAGUAGUCUCGCCAGUAGCAUCCUCCACAUGAAACCGGGUCUUGUGGCAUAAAUCCAGACUCAUUCCUAGGCCCAACAAAGCCACUGAAGCCUAAAGCGGACAUGUUCGUGUUCCAGUGAUUCUGCCAGUUAUGGGAUCGCCCAAAGUAUUUCUUGAAUUCAUCGCCUUUGCCUAGGCCAGCGGCGACUGUGGCCAGAGAGAAGUCGUUGACAGAGCUAUAGUGGCGUUAGCAGGCGAGGAACAACUAGGCAUUUACAGUUUAGAACUUACUAUUCCACAGCUCGGCUCACAGAUCGAGAGAACUUUGGUGUGAUAAAGCCGAACUUUAGCCAAUCUGGUAGGGCACUUCGACCUUCUCUUGUAGAUCCGCUAGGGUCACGGGAGUCAAAGUUGUUUGGUGGCACUUCUUCAGCAUUCUUCACCAUUGACUUGAAGGCAUCAUCCCAGUUCACCUUGCCGCGAACUCCCUUGACAUACGCAUCGGCAAAUACAUUGUCGCUGUUGGAACCUCCCUGGACGGCACCAUUAGAAAACGACGAUCUGGCAUCAGACACCCAGCCACCGUGGCGCCAGAUAUCAACCAUUGAGCGGAGAAGCUCCUCGUGGUACUUUGGCUGAAGAAUAUGUAAGAGUGAAGUGGUGCAACGAUGCUUUUAUACAUGUUAGUUUAUAUAUUCUCUUAGCACCUGAUAUUGAAGUCUUACAGUAUCCCAGAAGGUAAAGAUGUCGUCGUAGUAGGGCUCAGUAGAUUUGAACAGAGGGUUCUCGCCAGUCUUAUUUUGCGGAAGCAAAUGCAUGAAGUAGAGGGCGGUAUAAAGGUGGUUGAUCUUGUUCACGUCAGUGUCCGUAGUCGAUAUUUUACUAAAGACCUGCUUAUUCCACGCUUCUCGGGUGCUCGUGCGAAGGUCAGCGAGAGGUGUGCCUCGCAGUAUUUCGUUUGCGACAUUCUCGCAGGCCUGUGCCUCCGAAAUAAAUGAAAUGCCGACACGGGAAGUGACCUUUGUCUGGUUAAAGGUAAAAAGAGCACCAAGGCGUCCUGACGUCGCGGUUUCAUUCUUGCCAACAGUCUUGUAAGUUGCUGGUGAAUCGAAAUGUCCGCAAAAGUAGCCUGUCCACGGCGUCGCUCGAUUCCAU